AUGACCACCGAAUAUGGAACUCAAGCCGGAUCCGAAGCUGGAGCAAGUGGAGGAAAAAUUCCGUUGUCCGUUGUGAUGCAGCAAAUGGCCGAGCAAAACAGCCGUUUGAUGAAGUUACUGGAACAGUUCACCGGUAACCAAGCAACGUCAACACAGCAAAACGCUCCAGAUAAAACUCUCGAAUCCCUUGCGACCAACCUUAAGCAGUUCCACUUCGAUCCGGAAAACGGGUUGACUUUCGAUCGCUGGUUUUCUAAGUACGAGGAUCUAUUCAGGCAGGAUGGCAGAAGCUUGGACGAUACCGCGAAGGUUAAACUUUUGCUGCGGAGUCUCAGUGUUCCGGUGCACGAGAAAUUCCUCAACUACCUGCUGCCGUCCCACCCACGCGAUUUCACCUUCGAUGAAGUUGUAGACGAGAUGAAGCAGAUUUUUGGUCAGCAUAAAUCUCUGUUCAGCAAGCGCUACGACUGCCUCAAUAUUGAGAAGAACGAAGCCGACGAUUUCGUAACGUAUGCUGGAACCGUCAACCGUCAAUGUGAAGAUGUUGAGCUUCAGAAGCUCACCGUGGAUCAGUUCAAGAGCCUGGUGUUCAUUGCGGUUUCAAGUCAUCGAAGGACACCGACGUCGGGACCCGACUUCUGUCGAAGCUCGAGUCCAAUCAAGCUGAAACCAUCAACCUGGCAGGACUGGUCACCGAAAACCGACAUCUUCAACGGUCCAGGCAGUUCGGCAGUCAAAGAAGCAUCCGAACAACCAGAUGAAGUCAUCAGCAGACAUCAAGACACCUCCAUCACCAUGUUGGCAAUGCGGCGCAAUGCAUUUGUGAAGGACUGCAAAUUUUCGAAGCACACCUGCAAACAGUGCGGGAAAGUGGGCCAUAAAGACGGCUACUGUGGUUGUUUUUCCAAGUCAUCAACUACGGAGUCGAAAGCUGGUUCCAAGAAGAAGAAGCCUUUCAACACGAAGGUUAUUCAAAUCGUGAAGCAGGUCCGUAGCCGUAGAAGGUUCAUCAGCGUCAAUUUCAACGGAAAAUCGGUCGAGCUCCAAUUGGACUGUGGUUCCGACAUCACCGUUAUCAGCACACACACGUGGAAAAUGAUUUGCUCACCGUCAUCAACGGUGACUAGCGUAGAAGCAUCAACGGCAUCAGGGGAACCACUCGAAUUGGUUGGCGAAUUCACCUGCCCGGUUACUAUCGGGAAAACUACGAAGGCAUCGGUCUGCUACAUCACAUCAGUUGAAUAUCUGAACGUCAUCGGACUGGACUGUUUGGACGCGUUUGACUUACGGUCGAAGCCGCUUGCUGCCAACUGCAAUCAGGUAGAAGAGGAGCUGUAUCGACUCGAGCGGUUGGACAUCAUCUCGCCGGUCGAUUUUUCGGACUGGGCAGCACCCAUCAUCGUUGUCAAGAAACCGGGGGGAAAAGUGCGUGUAUGUGCAGAUUACUCGACUGGGCUCAACGCAGCACUGGAGACCAACAACCACCCUCUUCCUACCCCGGAGGAGAUCUUCAGCAAGGUAUCCGGCAGUCAAGUUUUCAGCAUCAUCGACCUGUCGGAUGCCUUCCUUCAGGUGGAGGUCGAUGACGAAUCCAAGAAGCUGUAG